GAUCAACUCAGAUAAGGGAUGUAGAUGUUUACCUGAUGUGUAAAAAUACACCUGGAUGACUUCCUCAAAUCACAAAAUCAGAAUAAAGUUGGUGAAGGUGAUGAUGGACCCUUUAAGAAGUAUCCUGGUGAGGAGUGCUGUGGAAGUGCCUUUACAAUCAAGUAAAAGGUGAGGGAUCAAGGAUCAUCAUCAUUUGGAGGAAUUACUCUUUGUUAAGUCCAGAUCUGGAGGACUUAUUUAGACUCAAGGCAUCUAAUCUCAUCUGUCACAUUCGAGUGGUGCAAUAUUGAACAUCUAGAAGCUCCAGACAAGACAAGAAGAGCCCGACUGACCACUUUUUAAAGUUUUUUCAUCCAUGCAACACUCAGAUUUUUUCCCAAAUGUUUCUUCUUACAUGGGCCCGCAGAGGGAGCCUCCUCUGUCACGCACCGGCUUCAUCAUCCUCGCCAUCAUUAUGGCUAUUUUCACCGGUCCAGCCAUCAUACUCAACGCUACAGUGAUUAUGGUGUCCCUCAUGUACAAGCAGCUGAGGAAACCGCUCAACUACGCUCUGGUGAACAUGGCUGUGGCUGACCUGGGCACAGCGAUGACCGGAGGGGUGCUUUCUGUGGUCAACAAUGCCCAGGGGUACUUCUCUCUGGGAAGGACAGGCUGCGUGAUGGAGGGCUUUGCAGUGUCCUUGUUCGGCAUCACAUCUCUGUGCACAGUUGCUCUGAUCGCAGUGGAGAGGAUGUUUGUUGUAUGUAAGCCGUUGGGGCUGAUAACUUUCCAAAAUAACCAUGCGGUUGGAGGUAUUGUCCUGUCCUGGCUGUGGUCCCUCACAUGGAACUUACCGCCCCUGUUUGGCUGGGGUAGGUAUGAGCUGGAGGGGGUCGGGACUUCCUGUGCACCUGACUGGCACAACCGAGACCCUCACAACGUCUCCUACAUUCUGGCUUAUUUUGCAGUAUGCUUUGCCGUUCCUUUUGCCAUUAUCUUGGCAUCCUACACAAAACUAUUGUGGACAUUGCACCAGGUAUCAAAGAUGGCCUGUGUGGAGGGUGGUGCAGUAGCUAAAGGAGAAAUGAAGGUGGCGUCUAUGGUGAUUCUUAUGGUCCUAACGUUCCUGAUCAGCUGGUUGCCUUAUGCCGGUCUGGCCAUGCUGGUGGUCUACGAUCCUGAUGUGGAGAUUCACCCGCUGGUGGGCACAGUGCCUGUUUACUUGGCCAAGAGUAGCACUGUGUAUAAUCCCUUGAUUUACAUCUACCUCAACAAACAGUUCCGUAAAUAUGCAGUGCCCUUCCUGCUGUGUGGCAAAGAGCCCUGGGUGGAGGACGACACAUCAGAGAAUGUAACCACCGUUGAGACUGCAGUAAACAAAGUGUCUCCCGCCUGAAAUAUACGCACGCCUACAACCAGCCAUUAAUAAGCUUUUUACUGACAUGUGUAUAACUCAGUUUACAUAUCCUGCUCCACAGUGACUACAGUGUUUGAAUGUUUAUGUUUUUUGUGAGAUGUGUAUGU